GUGGUGAUGUCAUGCAGGCAAGAUGGCGGAAGGGGAGGACGUGGGGUGGUGGCGGAGCUGGCUGCAGCAGAGUUACCAGGCAGUCAAAGAAAAGUCCACUGAAGCUCUGGAGUUCAUGAAGCGGGACCUGACGGAAUUUACCCAGGUGGUACAACAUGACACAGCCUGCACCAUAGCAGCCACCGCCAGUGUGGUCAAGGAGAAGCUGGCCACGGAAGGCUCCUCAGGGGCAACAGAAAAAAUGAAGAAGGGGUUAUCUGACUUCUUAGGGGUGAUCUCAGACACCUUUGCCCCCUCACCAGACAAAACCAUUGACUGCGAUGUCAUCACCCUGAUGGGCACACCCUCUGGCACAGCUGAGCCAUACGACGGCACCAAGGCUCGCCUCUACAGUCUGCAGUCAGACCCGGCAACGUACUGCAACGAACCCGAUGGGCCCCCGGAAUUGUUUGACGCCUGGCUUUCCCAUUUCUGCUUGGAGGAGAAGAAGGGGGAGAUCUCUGAACUCCUUGUGGGCAGCCCCUCCAUCCGGGCCCUCUACACCAAGAUGGUCCCAGCAGCUGUUUCCCAUUCAGAAUUCUGGCAUCGGUAUUUCUAUAAAGUCCACCAACUUGAACAGGAACAGGCCCGGAGGGAUGCCCUGAAGCAGCGGGCGGACCAGAACAUCUCUGAGGAGCCUGGCUGGGAAGAGGAAGAAGAGGAGCUUGAAGACAUUGCACCGUCUCCAAAAGAGGCAAAGAUUCCAAAAGAGACCAAAACCUCCCCAACCCCUGAAGCUGGACCUGGUCCCCAGAGCCCCUGUGAAGAUACUCCAGUGGAACCCCCUGCAGAGGUGACUCCAUCAGAGAGCAGUGAGAGCAUCUCCCUCGUGACACAGAUUGCCAACCCUGCUGCUGCACCAGAGACGCCAGUGCUGCCCAAAGACCUGUCCCAAAAGCUACUCGAGGCAUCUUUGGAAGAACAGAGUCUAGCUGAAGACGAGGGGGAAACUGGACCUCCACCCCCAGUUCCCUCCAAACCUCCAACCCCUGCAAGCAGAGCCAGUGGCCCAGAGCCCAGGCCUCCCGCCAGAGUAGAGACCCUGAGAGAAGAGGUACCCACAGACUUACGCGUAUUCGAGCUGAACUCAGAUAGUGGGAAGUCUACGCCCUCCAACAAUGGCAAGAAAGGCUCAAGCACGGACAUCAGUGAGGACUGGGAAAAGGACUUUGACUUGGACAUGACUGAAGAAGAAGUGCAGAUGGCACUUUCCAAAGUGGACGCCUCUGGUGAGCUGGAAGAUGUGGAGUGGGAGGACUGGGACUGAGGGGAGCCAGAGCAAGCAGCUCCCCACCCAAGACAUAUCCCACCUCCCGCUCACUAAUCUCAGCCAGCCUUGGAAGACACUGAGAAUGUCCCCCCCAAAAUGACCUCUACCAUCCAGAACUUGGUGCAGAUUCUGAUGGCUCCCUGCUGGCCCUCUGCUCACACCUUGGAAGAACCUUUCCAAAUACAAAUCCAGAAGUCUGACUUGUGCCAACUUUAGGAUGACUUAAAGGGAGGACCCGAACCCCACCAGAGAGCCUGCAUUUCUCUACUGUUCUAGGGACUCCUGCUGGGAAACUUCCUGGGGUAGCUAUCUUCUGCACACACAGGAGCUGAAACACAGGUCUCUGAGAAGGCCAUAAGCUAGUGAGCUAACAAGGGAGGCUAGCCACCUGCCCUUGGCUACACAGAGACAGUGAAUAGCGUUUUGGUUCCUGUCCCAGUGAGUAAGAGGCAAUCAUCUCUGGGAAAUUUGCCUCUCUCUGGAAUCUCCCUCCCAAGUGUUUUCCACUCCUGCGAAGGUCCUAUGGGUUCAGAAUCUAAGACCAAACCUUGAAUCUCCUUUAGCCCACACCGGGAUAUCCCUACAUCUUCCCAGGGCUUUUUCCUGUCAGAUGCACCCAAGUCCUUAGCCCAGCUGUGCCACUGCAAGAGUCUGCUCUUGUAUUUCUUCCCCUCCCCAAGAAGGGAGGGAGCCACUUUCAGGCCCUUCUGGGUGUUGCCUGGUUGGAUACCUGCUGCGAACAGCCACCUACCUUGACUCCCAUAGCUUAGGACACAAGCCAGCUGUGAGCUCUGUUAAGUGAGCAGAAGCGUGCUCAGCCGUCUGCAGGCCUGCUUCUCCUCAGCCCUCUGCUGAGGAAGGACCUCCUUCCUGAAGACUUUCCGCCUGGGGCUCGGUGAGGGCUGCACAGAGACCUGGUGCUUCAGAUAGAAUUCUGGUGAUUCUGUGCUGGUGCAUCCCCUAGUGACUUAAAGGGAUCUUGACAGGGGCACCGUGAGUAGUGGGCACCUCACUUCAAACCUUCAGAGAAGAGGGUAGAAUGAAGAGAAUGCUAAAUCUCUUUUCUUUUUCUUUUUGAUGGGAUGGGAUUUUUCUCUUUGUAAUU